CCUGCUUGCGGGUGUCUAAAAAGGGAAAUCGGAAGAAAGUUAGUCCAAGAAAUAUGCUUACUAAUCAAUAAUACACGCGACACGUGUUUAUGCACGUGAGACAAUUAAAUUUAGUGUGACUAAGCAAAUAAUAUAGAGGUUAAUAGAAAAGCGAGAUGAGUCACGCACUGUUUAUUUCAAUUGAGGCCUUUGAUCAUGAGAUCAACUAAGUCAAAGUUGCAUGGGCCAAGCCCAAACCCCCAUGAAACCAGAUUACAGACAGCCUCCUCUAACCAUGCUUGUGGCUCUUCCAGGUAAAUAUCCAUGGUCCGCAUCUUGGAGCAUUCGUCUUUAUCGUGUGGGCAAUACAUUUUUGUCGAAAGCAGCAUUGGCUGUCGAUAACGCAGUCUUGUCCCGGUAGCGUGCAUCCUUUUCUCUUGAAGAUGCCGUUGGGGUCAGGUGAAGGUGCUGCUAUGGCGAUGGCAGAGAGGAGUAAGACGGCACCGAGUUUGUAAAGUUGCAUGAUGAUGCUGACGUCGAACUGGCUGUUGAGUGGAGUGAUAUAGCUGUAUAAAUUGUCGGAGGUUGUUGUGGAGUUUUUUAUGGGGAAGACUGAGAUUUUCUCUCGGGGAUCGGCAGAUGGGUUUGGUUUCAAGGUGGGAGGCGUUUGUGUAAUGAUGUCAGGGGGGUGGGUGCAUCGAGGACCUUUUUAUCCUCGACGUAAGACAGCGGCAGGAGACGAGUGAGUGAUAUAGCAAACGAACCAAACAAAGAGGUGAUGAUUCAACUUCUGCAAGUUGUGUUAUUCUUUCAUGCCUGACGCUGUGAAAAGGGUAUGUCACUAUCUAUCAUGGAUAGACAGUAGAUUCGCAUGGAACAUCCAGCGAAGACCGACGGCUGUUACCGGCAUCUCAGAUGACAACAUCGAGGUGAGAAUAAGAGUAUGUAGCACGGCAACUUGCUGUCAUAGUGAGCAAUAACGAAGGAGGUGUGGUGGUUGUCUGUGAGACCAGUCGCGGGCGGGUAGCAAGCCCGUGUUGAACGAGCGCACCUCGCGAUCCCAACCUUGCAUUCGCAUAACUGCGGAGCAGAACUUCCUUCGUACCGAAGUUUCAAGACGAUCAUUUCCUCACCACCAGAGCAAACAGAAACAGCAACAUCUCUUUGUCUUCCAAACCUCCUCACCCCCAAACGACGCUCAAUGGAGAAGCACCCACCACACCGUCAGCAAGUCAUUGUAUCAAGAUAUAAAUAUCUGCUUUGAUGCCGUGCUGAUAUGGAUCGAGGACGAGAUAUAUCAAUUCGCUCACCACCGACGAUCGACGCCAGCCCUUUCAAAACCCUCACGCACAUACCUUGAUACCAGCGAAUUCCGCUCUCUCAAAAGCACACAAAAAGUCAACGCCCACCAUGCAGAUCACGAAACUGCUUACCUUCCUCUCCCUCACCGCGGCCGUGCUCGCCAAUCAUCCAGCCAACGAGCUCAGGCGAGACGUGCAGCAAGUCGACUGUCCUGAGGGAGUAUGCUUUGACGACGCCUUUUACUGCGACAUGGAGGACCAUAAGUGCCGUAGGAAAGGCGGCCCUGGACCCUGUGGCUCCGGCGAAUGUCUGGAGAACAAGGACACUCCUGCUCCAGCGCCUGCUGAGCCGGCUAAGCGCGAGAUCAUGCCGGGUGACAACUGCUUAGACUGCAAGCUCGGCGUGGAGAAGUGCAAGUGGAACCCGAAGAAGCGGCAGUAUGAGUGUGCCUCGAGGUAUUCGUUGGGAGUGCAAGGGAAGCGUGGUCCUGCCAGGUCGUGCGGUAAGAGGCUGGCUGACUGCGGGCGCAACGACAACUGCUGCUCUGGCCGGUGUAUCAAGAACAAUCGGUUCGAGGUUGGACAUAUGACUCUCGGUUCCUGCGAUUAGACAUGUUAACAGGGUCCACCCAACUGCUGUCUCGUGCGUUUAUCAAUAUUAUUGUCGUUGUUUCGUUUGUUGUCUGGCGUUAUCUUCCUCCAAGUCCCAUCUAGUCAAGUACACCACGUGACGCCUCUAUGGCGCGGCCUUUACUAAGAUAAACUCCGCCCAGCCCAGCCCAGCGUAUUAGAUAAGCUUAAGUCACAUCCACAAAGACAAGCAAAACAACCGCUAGACUCGCUGCUCUUCUCUUCUCUUCCCAUCCGUCAUGACAAGUCAAAGAAAAGAACAAAGAGUAGUCAACUCGAUCUAGAGCAUCUCCCAGUUAUCCCACGUAGCUAGUCAGUUUAACUACCUACCUACCACUCCACCGCGUCCCGUCCCGUCCCUUCAUCUCCAU